AUGGAGGCCCGGUCAGCGAGCAGCUCGUCUCCUGCCCACCAACCCAAUCCCAAACAGCCCGCGUGCCUGAACUGCCGCCGGAGCAAGAUCCGCUGUAACCGCCCAGCGGGCCACUCGCGCUGCGAGAAGUGCCGACAGAGCGAUGCCGACUGCAUCGUGCCGAGUCACCAUCUGGGGCGGCAGAAGGGGGUGAAGAAUAAGCGCAAGGGCCUGGAGAAGGCGAUACACCAGAUUGAGCAAGCCAUCAAAAGGCCCAAGGUGGACUCGUCUAGUCCGGAUGAUGCCCAGAAAGCUAUUGCCGGUCUGCAGGAGUUGCUGGGCCGAUUCCAGGGCCAGCUGCAAGGAGACGCGAAUGCUUUUGAAGACGGCUCUGGUCGUGUGCGCAAUCCACCGUCUCCGCGUGAGGCGAUGGUAGAUGAGAAUCUUACUCUCGAUGAUGCAGAGAAUCCUCUCCAAUUACUGGCAAGAGCUUCAGAUCUGCAAUUGUCUCCUACGGGUGUUCGACAUGUUCAAAAGUCCCCGAUACCCCCAUCCGUUGCGCCAUCGACAGUGCCGCAGGAAAGCAGCGACUCGGGCGAGGUGAGUGCAAAGUCAUUCUUUGUACCUGCGCAGGCGAACUUGGAUGUUGGACCGGAUUUGGAUCCGGUAGAUUUGGGAAUCGUCACAUUUGAUGAGGCAGAGUCAUUGUUUUCUUUCUUCUACCAAAAUCUUGCACAUACGCGAUGGGGACUGGAUCCCCUUGUGCAUACGGCGUCUUUUGUGCGGUCGCAAUCGGCAUUUCUGUUUACCUCAAUCAUGUCGGGGGCCGCCCUGUUCUUGCCGUCAGCCGCUGCCUUGUCCAAGAGACUGUCUAGGCAUUGCAAAUGGCUGGCUAAGCGGGUUACGACACAUCGCUAUCGGUCAGUUGAAAUCGUCUUGGCGUUCAUGGUGAACGUACCGUGGAUGGCACCCGGAGAGCGACUCGGAGAUGACGAUACGUGUUCGUAUAUUGCAAUGGCACUUACAGUGGCCCUGGAUCUAUCAUUGAACAAGAUUGUCACGCCCUCAUCAAGCCUCGAAAAAGAUCUGCUUGGCCGAUUGGCUCGAGCCGAUUGCAUAGAUGCCAAGCAAGCCUUGCAUAUGGAUGGAUUCGACGAGGUCGAUCCUAACUCUGAAUGGGGUCGUCGAUUACUUCGACGGCGAGAGAGAACAUGGAUUGCGCUGUUCGUGGUCGAAAGAGGGGUCUGUCUUGCUCGUGGAAGAAGCUAUACUGUCCCUCCAACGGCACUCAUCGAGAACUGCGACGCUUGGCAUCGAUCUGACAUUGCCGAUCGCCGCGAUGGGCCUAUGAACUCGAUGGCCGUGCUGCGUCGAGACCUUGACGAGCUGUUCAAAAAAGUCAAAUCAAGUUGCGACAGCUAUCGCAUUGUCGAUACUGGAUCUGAAGCUGCCCAGGCGAUCAAGACGACCAUCGAGAGUUUCUACGAGCGCUGGUUCGCAAAAUGGGCGCUGGCGAUCAGCGAAGGUGGCCCACGAUCUCUCCCACCAUAUGUCGAGAUUCUAGUGACGCAUACUCAACUAUCCACCUAUGGCGGCGUCAUCAACCACCCCACAGCCCCUGUUGAGGUAAAGCGCUUCUUCCGCGCAGCCGGACUAUCAUCUGCUCUCAACGUCCUACGAGCCGCCAUCCAAGGCGAAUCGCGCCUUAAAUCCAUGCCCAACAACACAGUCAUUAUGAUCUCCUUCGCCGCAUGUUCAGCACUCAGUCUCAGCGUGACACCAGGCGACAGCCGCUCAAGCCUGGCACCCAGUGUCCGGACCUUGAUCGAGGAAACAGCCGGUGUCCUCGAAAGAAUCGGCGCUACGCCGUCUCACCGCAACGGUGCAUCCGUGUUAUACGGACGAUUCUUACGAGAACUUAUCCGCCGCGGACCAGCUAUGCCUAACUCGCAUCCUCAUGCUGACACCCGGGCGCUCGAAUUACCAGGCCCUGCCAUGCCGACGACGUGUUUGGGUGAACAAGGCCCCUCACUGACGGCGACGCAACCCGUUCUCCCACCGGGGGAUAUUUGGACAGAACCAAUGCAGUUCUCGGCCAUGUCGGAUGACCAGAUUAUCGAUGCGGUUAAUCGUGCUGGUAGUGCCUUUGGAGCAUCCAUACCUGACGUACCGGUGGAUGAUAUGCUUAGUUGGGAUUGGCUUGAUUUCGCGACUACUGAUUUCAGUUUUUGA